UUUUAACUACGAGUUGCAAGAUAAGCAUAGAGUUAAGAACAGCGAGUCGUGAACGAUGACGGCACCCUCUUGCCAGUUGAACUUUCCAUGGGCUUGGUCAAUAGGAUCGUCCGAAGCUUCGAGGUCACUCAUGAGCCCAACCUCACCAUUGCCGAGCAGCUCGUUGCCAACGACGAUUUGCUGCCUGUCGAGCCGGUGAAACGCACAUGGCGUGCAUACAACUACAUUGCCUUCUGGACAGCAGACACGUUUAAUAUAAACAUGUGGAUGAUCGUAUCCUCCAUGAUCCAACUGGGAAUGUCAUGGUGGCAAGCGUGGAUAUGCGUUUGGCUGGGUUAUGGCAUUGCCGCGCCUUUCCUUGUCCUGAAUGCACGUCCUGGUGCUAUUUUCCAUGUGAUGUUUCCGAUCGUGAAUCGCACAAGCUUCGGGAUGUUUGGGAGUCUGUGGUGUGUCUUUAAUCGCGCCGCUAUGGCAUGCAUAUGGUAUGGCGUCCAGGCGAGCAUCGGAGGUUCAUGUGUGCUCGUAAUGCUCAGAGCGAUGUGGCCCAGCAUCAACGAUCUCCCGAAUUCGAUGCCAGCGUCCUCUGGAACGGACACCCGGGAUUUCCUAUGCUUCUUCCUCUUUUGGCUCAUUUCGCUGCCGAUCAUUUGGUUUCCUGUGCACAAGGUCCGCCACUUCUUCCUUGUGACACCCAUCUUGAUGCCCAUAGCCUCAAUCACAUUCCUCAUAUGGUGCAUCAUGAAAGCUCACGGAAUCGGUCCGAUCAUACACCAAUCCUCUACACUGCACGGAUCAAAGCUAGGCUGGGCCAUGGUGGUCAGUUCCAUGUCAUGCAUCAGUAACGAGGUAACCCUUAUCACGAACGCACCGGACUUCGCCUCCCGCGCACGCACUCCGUCGGCUGCGCUACACUCACAACUGUUUGCAAUUCCUCUAAGUGCGGCGUUUGUAAGUUUGAUCGGAAUCCUUGUGAGCUCGUCAUCGCAGGCAAUUUACGGGACAGCCAUCUGGUCACCCAUCGAACUUUUGGGAAAUUUUUUGAAUGACAAUCCGUCAAAAGCCACGAGAUUCGGGGUAUGGUUUAUCUCAGCAUCAUUCAUGCUUGCACAGGUGACCACGAACAUCUGCGCAAAUUCAGUGUCGGCAGGAUGCGAUCUGACUGCACUGUUCCCUCGUUUCAUCAACAUCCGACGUGGCGGGUAUAUCGCUGCUACCGUUGGUCUCGCCAUGUGUCCAUGGAACCUUCUGAAAAAUAGUAAUGAGUUCACUUCUUACCUCUCCGCAUAUUCAGUGUUCCUGAGCUCCAUUGCUGGGGUGAUGGUGACGGAAUAUUACAUUGUCCGCAAGGGUCAUUAUAACGUGAAAGAUCUUUAUAAUACCGAAAAGGGUAGCUGGUACUGGUACACGUAUGGGAUCAACUUCCGGGCGUACACCGCGUAUAUUUCCGGGAUCCUUAUCAACGCUGUCGGUUUCGCUGGUGCCACUGGGCAGACAGUUCCUCUUCCGGCUACUCGGAUAUACGAAUUAUCGUUCUUUACAGGCUUCGGAGUUUCUGCAAUUGUCUACUGGGCGUUGAAUCGCGUCUUCCCGGUAAUCGGUGCCGCUGACACGUUCGAAGAAAUUGACGUAUCCGGAUAUGAACGUACGGAACGCAGUCUAGGGGAUGUUGAGGAAGUAGACAUAGAUACGAAGGAUGGGGGAUCAGACCAUUAUGCAAGCGAAAGAGGGGUUACGACCUACCUUCAUCUGCACACCGUAAUUUCGAACAGAAUGUCAUCUGGAGGCACACAAUCACCACCUCUUGAAUAUACAAACUCGCAUAUACCUAUGGGAGUUUCUUCCAUUGAUGGUAGUGUCUCGAAGCCAAUGUUGGAUGCGGAGCAACGAAAGACUUAUUUCGCUGAGCCGGAGGCGAAAGAACGUGGAGGAACAAAGGAGAUAGGGAAAGAGCAGCAAAAGGAAUCCGCAAAGGAGAAAGAGUGAUCAUGGGAACGCGGUUAGUUCAUGACUCAAUGGCUGGAUUCGGGGAAGAAAAAAUGCAGGGCUCUACCUAGUACAGUUAUAGGGAUUUACUCGCUGCCAUCUCGUAAAUAUUCCUUCCACCACGUUCUAAAUCCUGUGCAUUCCAAGGGAAGUAAUUUCUCUGUUUCAGCAGUAGACAGGUGACAGUUGUAAGGACGUGAUGUGGCACCAGCCCCAGUUGGAGGUGUGGAGACAGGCUUUAUAUGAUUCAUGCUAUUGAGUCCAAGGAUGUCGGCAAAGAUUUUGCACAUCUGGUACUUUGUGAAGGACUCGUGUGCCGAGUAGUGGAGAAUGGGCGGUAGAGCAUCGAAACUGAGAUCCGUCAGGCGUACCAAAAAGGAUGCGAUGU